GUUUUCAGUUUUCACUUCACUGAACAACCCUCGUCUUCUAACUUAUAGGGUUUGGUUAACCUCGCCAGUAUACAAGAUUUCGCCCAUAUAUUCGCAGUUUUCCGAUCAGUCUGAUCGAAGAUAUUAACGGUCCUUCAUCGAUUCAUUGAUAGUUAAAAAGAGAUGGAUGCGGAUGCAGUUGAGCAAUGGAAGAAUAAGCUAAAUCAAUGGUUGCAGCAAGGGGAAGAAUUCAUUCAUCAGAUACCCCCAAUUCAACUCUAUGCCGCAAUUGGAGCUGUCUUAUUGACGACUUUGCUUUUCUUACUGUUUCGUUUGUUCAAGCGCCCAUAUUCCAACACCAUUGUACUGACCGGGCUUAGUGGAAGUGGGAAAACUGUUCUUUUCUAUCAACUUCAGGAUGGAUCUUCUCAUCAGGGUACUGUGACGUCAAUGGAACCAAAUGAAGGCACUUUUGUGCUACAUUCUGAAAUGACUAAGAAGGGAAAAAUAAAGCCUGUUCACAUUGUUGAUGUUCCUGGCCAUUCUCGUCUUCGACCCAAACUAGAUGAAUUCUUGCCUCAAGCAGCUGGCAUAGUUUUCGUAGUGGAUGCUCUGGAAUUCUUGCCAAACUGUCGUUCAGCUUCAGAGUACCUCUAUGAGAUUUUGACCAGGGCAACUGUUGUUAAGAAGAAAAUUCCUCUACUCAUCCUCUGCAACAAAGUGGAUAAGGUGACUGCACAUACCAAGGAGUUCAUCAGAAAACAACUGGAAAAGGAAAUUGACAAGCUCCGGGCAUCAAGAACUGCUAUAUCAGAUGCAGACAUUGCUAAUGAGUAUACACUUGGGGUAGCUGGAGAAGCCUUUGCGUUCUCUCAAUGCCACAACAAUGUGAUUGUUGCUGAAGCUUCCGGUUUGACUGGUGAGAUAUCUCAGUUGGAGCAGUUCAUCAGGGAACGUGUGAAACCUUAAACCUGAUAUUCUAUUAGAUAUCCGGAAUAUGUGAUUGUACUUAAUAGAGAAUUCUUUUUCCUUGAUUGCUUAAGUAAUCCAAGGGAAAGAACAAUUUGAUUGUGAAAAGGAAAGAGGGAAAAGAGGGGGAGGUGGUAGUGCAGAGAUCCUUCUUUUACGAUGCAUAUUAGCCUUGUAAUUUUUGUUAGGAUGCAUUGCAAAUGCUAAAUUCGUUCUGGUUGUUCAUGGUCACCUGAUAUUUGACAUGAGUUUAAUUUGAUUUGGAUAAAUCCGUUUUACCGGUGACUAAUUGCCAUAAA